AAACUAUAGACCUAACAAAAAUAUAUCCCAUUCAAACUGUUGACAUACAAGCCUCCAUCCAAGCUCCAUUCUUUCUCUUCUUCUCUCUCACAACAAUGACUGUAAAGGAUUGUGACCACCACCACCACCACGAUUGUGAGCGCCGCCGUCUCUUUCGCCGAAUAGCCUGCACCAUCUUCACCGUGGUCCUCCUGAUUGGCCUAGUCAUCUUCCUCAUCUGGGCCAUUCUCCGACCGUCCAAGCCCCGCCUCAUCCUCCAAGACGUCACCGUUUUUAGCCUGAACAUCUCGUCGAUGCCACCUGCCGCCAUCUCGACGACCAUGCAGAUUACCAUCUCCUCCCACAACCCCAACACCCGCAUUGGCGUUUACUAUCAGCUCAUGGAUGUCUACGCUGCCUACCGCGGCCAGCAAGUAACUCUCCCGACAUUGUUGCCGCCUACUUACCAGGGCCACAAUGAUGUUACCGUCUGGUCGCCAUUUUUGUACGGCGAAGCUGUGCCGGUGGCGCCGGAGUUUGCUGAAGCUUUGAAUCAAGAUAAUAAUGUUGGAGCCAUGCUGUUCAAUAUCAAGGUCAAUGGACAGGUUAGAUGGAAGGUCGGGAGCUGGAUCUCAGGUAGAUAUCGGCUGAACGCAAACUGUCCAGCAUAUAUAAAGUUCGGCGAUCCGAAGCACGGAAUCGCAUUCGGACCCGCAAUGAAGUUUCAGUUCGUUCAAGGCUGCUAUGUCGAUAUUUGAGAUCCCAAAGUCCACUUAUCUUUGUACUUCCUUAAGCCACUUCUUUAAAUUCCUUUUCCUAUGUCCCUUGAAAGUCUCUAUGGUAGUUGCCAACAACAAGGAAAACUAUUAGAAUUAUGGUUCUCGAUUCUUUUGUUACUAUUUUCCUUGUGCCUUGUAUAGUAUAUCUCCAACUUUUCUUAACUAGUUCUUUAUAUAUAAUGUGGGUGAUCUUGAUCAGUCAGCAUCAGUUUUGGGUUCAAAUCGAUGCCAUCACUGACAUGUAAAAAAUGUGGUCAAUUUUA